CGGUCAUCAAGCAAGGUCCGGAAUUAAUGGAGUGAUGCCUUCGACGCCCACCUGCGCGCAAUUAGCUUUCUCAUGCUGCUGGAUGCUCGGUCGAUGCACACACUGCAAUGACUGCGCGAAUCCCAAGAGUAGCUCUCGUACCUUGCAGAGUGACCCCUUCGGCCCGUGCAUCGCGGCGGUUCUGCUCGGCUAUGGCUCAGCUACAUCAGCGUCAUCCACACUCGUGACUAGAAUCAGCGCAGAUCUAGUACUUCUUCAAGACAUCGCCACUACCCAUCACAAUUCACAAAGAUCACAGCGGUGAUAAGGGCGGCGCUAUUCAUCACUCUUGCCCAGCUUUGGGUCACAGUGAAAGGUCUGAUGAGUGUCACGCGCGGGUGGCAGCACGCACACGUACGUACACAUUUGGGAUGAUUUCUCUAUCCCAUGGAUGGCUUCAUGCAGCUCGGAAAGUCGCCUCCGCCCGCACUUUCGACGCCCUGCUCAUCCUCUUCUGAGCAGACAGCAAUAACCG